UCCUGGCCAGACCAGCUCCUUCCUGUCUAGCUGUCCUGCCGCCUUCUCCCUUCUCUUCGCUUGCAGUAUUCUACCCACCAGGCCCUUUUCGUUUUUCCCUAUGAGUCCAGGCUUCGUCAGGGGCGGCGUCUAACCCCGGCGCAUCAUGCUGUGUGACUCCGCACGGUCUGGAAGGAUGGGUUCUCUUUCGUGUAUCUGUGGGUUCAUCUACAGCCACCCCCGCAGCACGGGAGGUGGGGUGAGGUUACUUCCUGUAUCGCCUCCUAAUAUAGAAAUUGUGGAAGCUCGGAGCGGGUGCAUUAAAAUGGCACAAUUAUAGGUACUGAAGUCAUCGCUGUAUUUACAAUGUGUGAUACAGCGUAAAUGCCGUGCCGAGAGUUACCACGCCCGGCAGAGUCAGCAGAGUCUGCCCACACAGUAGGGACAUAAUGUCUGUUUUCCGUGUGAGCGUUCGCAGUCCACCGCUGGUUGCAUCUGAUCUGCGGAUCCCAUGAGGCCCACGGCCCUUGUUUGUCGUCUGUUGGAGCCACAAGCACGCACAAGGGGUGCUCGGUGAAUACUCGUGAAGGGAGUGAAUGCAUUGAUUGGACCAACUGGUUUCCGUUUCCCUGAGAACAACACAGAGCCCAAGCAUAUCCCAGGGCAGUUCAGGACUUGGAGACAAAGGCGGGACUUGGAGACAAAGGCGGAGACAGAAACGCUCACCCGGAGCCGGGGGAGGCCCUGGGAUCACAGAGGGUCUGAUUCUAUCCCAGGAGGGACUUCACAAAGACGCAGAGUCUGCAGGGUGGGUGAAGAAGGGGAGUCAAGGGGAGGCCUGAAAGGACGCAGCAAAGCUUGGGUCUUUCCAGGACGCGCUGCAGGGAGACUGCGACGUCUACGGGGCUGAAGGCGCUUGGUACCUGGAGCAAGGAGGGUCACCCACGCAGGGCCUGGACCGCGGGCCUUAUUUGCCUUUCAAAGUGAAGCUCUUAACCAAUUGGCUGCAGCGAAGCUCAGAGGCCCGCCCCCAUCGCUGAUUGGAUGAUAGACGGACAUGCUCCCGCCCCCUUUCUACAGUUCCUGGAAUCCUGUUGCUUGGCAACCGCUUGGCGUUGUACAGCUGCGCCAGCGACCUCGGGAAGCGAAAAGCACAGUUUGCUUGCCUGGCCUGACACUUGCAUGUCUCACUCCCUUUUCACGCGCGACCGAAAGGGGUUCGUUCACCUGUCCCGCGGGACGCACCACAGAUGAGCAGGAGCUCAAUUUCCCUUUCGGAAGUCCUUGGAUAGAAGGAUCAAGAGGAAAAGGAAGUCACUGUGCUAUAUCAGACUUAGGAGCGGCUUAUCCUGGGAGCUGUCUGGAGUUCCUGAAGACAAGCCCCUUUUGCUAGUUAACUGGGUGUGUGGGAGGGGACCCCAAGCCUGAGAUGAGUGACUCACUGUAACCCCGAGGAAUCUGAGAACCGGGCGGAUAGACCUGGCUGCCGGACCAUGCACAGGAGCGCCUACGCCUUGGUGCGCAGAGACUUCAGAGAGCUGAGAGAGAAGGGCCUUGAGGGUAUUUCUGCCUUUCCUAUGAGUGAAGAUAUGAUGAAAUGGAAGGCUGACAUUGAAGGUCUACAGAAUUCAAUUUGGCAGGGUUUAGCUUUCGAUGUUGAGAUAAAUUUUACACCAGACUACAACCUCGUCCCACCAGCUGUGAGAUUUGUGACAAUUCCUUUUCAUCCAAAUGUAGACCCAGACACUGGUGAGCCCUGUAUUGAUUUUCUGAACAACUCUGAUGAGUGGGACCCGACGUACACGCUGAGCAGCAUCCUACUGGCCCUGCAGGCAAUGCUUUCUAAUCCAGUGAUGGAAAAUCCAGUGAAUUUGGAAGCAGCCCAAAUGCUGAAUGAAGACCCAUAUGUGUACCAAAUAGUGCUUCAAAGACUCUUCCAGAGAUCAUUACCGCCGGCAGACAGCUACCCCGUGUUCCCUACAUACUCGCAGGAGCUCGUCAGCACUGAGGACAGAACCCAGGACCAUGCAAAUGCCAGGCCAUCCAAAGUGAUCUCAUUUGAUGAUUACUACAAAACCUGGUGUAGAAUAGCGACGUCGAAAACCAUGGAAGACCACAGAAGGCCAUGUAAGUACUUGAAGACCCAGACGUCACUGGACAGUAUUCUAAAUGGAAGGCGAAAGAUCUACGAUGCUCUAAGGAAUGGAAGUCAAACCCUUGCCUGUUCCCCUCAUCCCUCCCCUCAGGCUGAGACCAGGAGGAUAAGGAAGGGGGGCUGGCUCCUCCCCAGAGCCUCAGUGGACCUCCUUUCACCAGGAAGAAGACAAGACGGAAAGAAAGCCAGGACCGCUCAGCACAGGCCUCGGAGCUGGCUUCCAGCAGAGGCUUUAACACGGUUCAGACCCCCGAGCGCUCAGGGCCACCCUCUGAGAACAGGUCGAGAUUUACGCUGCCACCAAAGUUCCGUCAGGACUUAAAAUGAGCAAGCCCAGCUCUUCAUCUCACCCUGCAGCUCACCGAUGGGGACAUUUUUACUUCACAGUCAUUCAAUUCAUAUUCCUUGAGGAACGUUUUUUGGGUUUAGAUUUUGCAUUUGUAGUUAUGGAAAGACAAAAGUUGAAUAGAAAAGAAAAUAACAAUACUGACAUCAUUUUUAAAGACAAAGGGGAAACGGUAUAAAUCAGGUUCCAUCCUUUCCUACAGUCACAUUUGCUCUGAGAUAACAGGAUCCUACGGGUUUUCUUGAACUCGAGGCUCACGGUUGCUGGGCAUUGCUCCCACUGCUGGGUGGACGGACCCUAUGACCAAAAGAUGGUAAACUCCCCUCAAAAGGCUAGGCCGCACCGAUAGAGGCCGUCCCAAACCCACAAAAGCUUGUAAGUGAGCCAUAGAGCUCUCAGAUUGAGUCCAAAGCCACGGAAUCACUUGCCAAGACAACCAACAAUGACUGCCAGAAUACACAAAAUUCUUCACACAACAACGUAAAAUUUACAACUGUCUGUCUCCUAUCCAAAA